GUGAUUAUAAUAUAUAUAUAUAUAUACUUUUGAGCUGCCUUCCGCACAAACAGACUAUAGCAUGAGCUUAGCAUGUAAUUAUACAAUAUGCACGUUGCGCUAGCGGCAGUGUUUACUACAGCACUUGUGGUGAAUUGCCAACCCGUGGCCAUACCUGCACCUGGUUGUGCUGAUGGUACUGAAGUGACGAAAGUGAUUGAUAUUGACUGUGGGUUCUUCCAUCUCAAGGAUAACAUUUUAUAUCAAUGCGGACAGCCAAGUCCCUACUGUACAAAUCUGGAUCUAUCUUUCAGUGGCAUCGAAAGCUUCUCACCCGGAGUAUGGACUAAUCUUUCUGGCGUAGAGGUUCUCAAUCUUGAAGGAAACUCGAUCUCGCAACUGGAGAUGUCUGCGUUUAGUGACCUUACUGCCCUGCGCACGUUGGAUUUGGAAGCCAACCAAAUCAUGUAUCUACAGGCAGGCGUGUUUGACGGACUGGAGUCACUGGAGAAUUUACUGUUGCAGAGGAACAAUCUCACCGGUUUACCGGACAAUGCAUUUGCGGGAAUGUACUCCCUUACCAAGUUGAAUCUUGACAGUAAUCAGAUCUCCGUUCUUGCAUCGGCCGCCUUUGCUGGCUUGCCUAAUCUGCACAUGCUGCUGCUGCCGUUUAAUCAAAUCAGUCAUCUGGAUGAUCUAAUAUUCUCGGGUCUCGCCUCUCUUACAGUGUUGGAUCUCGAGAAAAAUCUUCUUAGCCAGCUUCCAGUGAAAUUGUUUGCAAACUUGACUGCAUUGGAAACUUUAGACUUGGAGGAGAAUCAACUGGUUGUGUUACCAAUAGGGAUAUUUGCGGGCACGCCAAACCUGCAAACUCUUGACUUGCGCGACAAUAGGCUAAGUGAGCUGGAAGUGGGUGUUUUUGGUGGUCUACGAAGAGUGGUGUAUUUGCAUUUAGAAAUGAAUAGAUUUGGAGCGGGUUUGAGUGAGGGAUUGUUUGAGGACUGUUUUGAACUGCGGAAGUUGUACAUGGCUUCGUCGAAUAUAACAGUUAUGUCGCAGUGGGUUUUUCGCGGGCUGUAUAACUUAGAAAUGCUCGAGUUACAAGGCAACUAUCUCAGUGAGCUGCCUGAGGGAGUGUUUUCUGGACUAAAAUGGCUUGAGGUGUUGAAUCUCGAAUAUAAUAAUCUGACACACCUGCUGGAGGAUGUAUUCAUGAGCUUGACCGUGCUAACGAAAUUGCAACUGAACAACAACCGGCUUCAAACUCUACCCGCGACUGUUUUUUCAAGAUUGGAGUCUCUGAACAAAUUGUUUCUGCAACACAACCUGCUAGAUGAAUUACCGGCGGGGGUAUUUUCGGGCUUGACCUCCCUCACCAAACUGUAUUUCGGCUACAAUCAAUUGACGAGUUUGGCGGAUGAUACUCUGGAUGGACUUGCUUCAACUGUGCAGAUUGAUGCGAAAUUCAAUGCAGCACCUCUGGAGCAAUUUUUGGUACAAUACAUGCCCAUAUGAAAGGACACAUUCGUAUUGACCAAAAAAUAAUAAUAGUGGCGUGCUCGUUUACAUUAAGGCCGUGCCCGUCUAAUAGAUCAUGAGUUUACCAAGAAUAUGUCCUCAGUGGGAAAGUUCUUGUCGACAUGAUGACAUCUGAGACAUGUUGUACCUUCUUAGGUGCAACAUCUGUAAGAAGGCGUAGACAGCAGCGAACAACCGGACUGGCUCCGGGUGUCAAACUACAGCAAGCGCCAUUUGCAGAAUACUACAGGUCAACCACCGAAUUAUAGAAGUGUGGCCAGCUGCUCAAUCACAACUGCAACUGAUUUAUGUGUGAGAGUACAAUUUAGAAAAUGAGAUCUAUGGAUCUGGAUCUUAAUAUGCCCCGCAUCUUAUGUUUCAUCACUGCAGCACAUGCUGGACAUGGCGCUUGUGAUUGUAAAAUGCAUAUAUACGACUGCAGGAAAUCAAUUUAGAUAGUCUGCAUUCAAUUCUUACAAGGAGCAUCCCGAGUUUUCACUGGGAGCGCACAAUUGGCAAUACAUUUAUAUUGAUGGAGGCUAUUUCAUAGCAACACCACUGUCAGUAUGGAAAUACAUGGUCAUACCCGUGGUAGCAGGACUGUGUUAAUAUAAAAAGGACAAAUCUGAUGCGGAAUUGAUCAUGUUGCAAUGAUGCACAAGUAGUCACUCUUCAUGAUUCUUUCUCGAUGUUAAAGAGUAUAUUGUCGUCUUUAUAUAUUUACAUACAUGGUAAAUUGAUAAAACCUAUCGAUUUUGGUAUCAGGCCGGCAUGUACUUUUCUAGUCAAAUAUUACUGUUAAUAUCCGAGCUUUCUAUCUGCAUAUCUCAUCCCACAUCUGUUACUUGGAUACAACCCCAGAGAACUGUACCUGUCGACCAAGUGCUGUGGCGAACGAUUGAUUGCACAAUGCGCAUAAAUAAAGUUCAUUUUGCGACAUUCACUUAAUUGCGAUCGUGCUCACUCGUCACAGACCACCACUACAGCGCACCUGAUAGUACGAACACGAAUGUUUAUAACCUGCAUGCCCUGCAUGCAAUGGUUAA